AUGCCCGGCGCCAAGCGCCGCCGCGAUGGAAGCUUGGCCUUGGCAACCACACUCUUUGCAAGGAGUGCGCUGCUCUUCCCUUUCCGGCAAGCCUUUAAAGCCGUGCUGAUCCUCGUACAGAUCCUCUUCGUUCUCUACGGUGCAUACGCAGCCUACGAGAUCCGCCUCUAUCCGAUCAAGGACUACGGCUACAUCAUCCACGAGUUUGAUCCUUGGUUCAACUACCGGGCUGCAGAAUACCUCGCAGAGAACGGCUUGAAGAAGUUCUUCCAGUGGUAUGACUACGAGUCCUGGUAUCCACUUGGGCGGCCAAUCGGCACAACGAUCUACCCCGGCAUGCAGAUGACUGCGGUGUGGAUCUGGGAGGCCAUGAAGAUGAUUGGCAGCUUCAAGGUGGAGACCCCGUCCCUGGUCUUGGCGUUGAGACCCUUGCUCUCCUACUUGAAGCAAUCUGGCUGGAAGUUCGUGCCUUCGUUGAAGCCCUCUUACGACUUUAGCCCGAUGAGUGUCAACGACAUCUGCUGCAUGAUCCCGCCUUGGUUCGGCACCUAUGCGUCCCUCUUCACUGGGCUCUUGACCUACGAGAUCUCCCGGAGUGUGAACGCAGGGGUGUGCGCCACCCUGAUCAUGGCCAUCAUCCCUGCACACCUGAUGAGGUCCGUAGGAGGGGAAUUCGACAACGAAGCCGUGGCGGUCACUGCCAUCUGCUCCACCUUUUGGCUGUGGAUUCUGAGCGUUCGGACGCCGAAGCACUGGCCCGUGGGCUUGCUGGCCGGCCUCUCCUACAUCUACAUGGUGGCGGCUUGGGGAGGCUACAUCUUCGUGAUCAACAUGGUCGGCAUCCAUGCUGCGAUGCUGGUCGCCUUCGGCCGAUUCAACUCUGGCGUCCACAAGGCCUACAGCAUCUUCUACGUGGUGGGUGUCCUGGGGGCGAUGCAGAUCCCCGUGGUGGGCCUCCAGCCACUGCGCUCCGUCGAACAGCUCGGGCCGCUGAUGGUGUUCAUGGGCUUCCAGGUUUUGGCUUUCUGCGACUUCCAAAGAAGAAGGCAGAAGAUGCAGGGAAUGGAGUUUGCCAUCUACCGCGCAAAGGUCGUGGCUUUGCUGAUCGUCUCCACUCUCCUAGUUUGUGCCGCGUUGUACCCGACCGGGUACUUUGGUCCAAUCUCCUCGAGAAUACGAGGAUUGUUUGUGAAGCAUACGAAGACAGGGAACCCCUUGGUGGAUUCGGUGGCAGAGCAUCAGCCCGCCAACCCAUCCAUGUAUGCCAGCUACUUGAACCUUCCGUUGGACUAUGCAGUGCUCGGCGGCUUCGUGUGUCUCGGGCGGCGCAACAACGGCUUCCUCUUCCUCUGCUUGUACGGCUUCGUGGCGCAGCACUUCUCAGGUAAGAUGUCCCGUUUGGUGCUGAUUUGUGGGCCCAUCGUCUCCGUGGCCUGUGGGAUCUGGUGCGGCUUCGUCUUGGACCAAUUGAUCGAGCCCUUCCUGAUCCUCUUGGGCAAGAAAGGAUACACUCCGCCAACGCCCCCGAGCGAGGAGAGCAAAGCGAAGCCACCAGAGAGUGGCAAGAGCGAGGCCAAGGGAAAAGCUGCUGCAAAGGCGGAGCUCGAUUGGACCCUGGAGGAGUGGGAGGAGGACCAGCGCCCAGGUGGCGCCAACCAGCUGCUGCGCAUCUUCGAAGGCCAGAUGCGAAAGUCUCAGAACGACGGAAUCGAAGCCUACCGGGAGAUCAGGGCCACCAUGGACAACAACCCCGGAGUGGUGGCCGGGCGGGGGGUCAUCUCCCUGGUAGUACUGCUCUACGCCGUCUACAUCAGCUCUCUGUCCGUGAAAAUCCCGACUUUCAUCCGGCACUGUGAUCAAGUAGCCAGGUCACUCUCCAACCCACAAGUGGUCUUCAUGUCGCGCGACAGACAGGGCAACAGCUUCAUAGUGGACGACUACCUGAAAGGCAAGAUUUUGACGGACCCAAAGCUGCUCGUGGAAGCACAGACACCUGCAGGAUACCAGUGGAUAGACCAGAACACACCGAAAGACUCGCGGGUCAUGGCUUGGUGGGAUUACGGCUACCAGAUCACGGGCAUUGCCAGGAGGACCUCCAUUGCAGACGGCAACACGUGGAACCACGAGCACAUCGCUACCCUGGGCCGAACGCUGACCAGCAGCGAGAAGAAGGCCCAUAAUGCCAUCCGGCACAUGGCAGACUACGUCCUCGUCUGGGCCGGAGGUGGCGGCGACGACCUGGCGAAGUCGCCGCACUUGGCGAGGAUCGGAAACUCCGUCUUUCCGGACCAUUGCGGAGACGACGACCCCAAGUGCAACAAGUUUAGCUUCUACGCUGACCACUCGCCGACUCCGAUGAUGGCAAGAUCCUUGCUUUACAAGCUUUGCCAGCACAACGUGAGUCCUGGAGUUAAGGUGAACGAGAAGCUCUUCAAGGAGGUCCACACGACCAAGCACGGCUUGAUGCGGGUGUACCAAGUCAUGAACGUUUCUCAAGAAAGCAAGGAUUGGGUCUGCGGCUUAUGGAAGCUCAUGACGCCGCAAUGCCGCAAUUCAAGCCUGCCGGUGUGCUGUGACGUGCGCAGCUGGCUCAAAAAAGGCAUGAGAGGGGUUUGUCAGUGGGGCCGAGGCGUGACCCCAACGGCAUCCCAAGUAGGAUUGGGAUGCUUGGGGCGGGCAGAGGCAGAGGCGCGAGAGCGAGUUUCGGCGGCCCAGGUCCGGGCAAAAGGGGGGGCGACCCCCUUGCUGCGCAAGAGGACCCGCGGUGGUCCAAGUCUGCUAGCGCAUCUGCUGGCUCCAUGGCUGGCGAUCUUCCAGCUCUGGCGGCGAAAGCCUCCUUGCCGGCCGCCCCGGCAGCGGCACUUCGGCUUCCGCUUCCGCAGUGACCUGCGGCGCCGCGGCGCGGCGGUGGCCCGCAUCCCCGAAGCGCUCGUCGCCGAUCUCGAGGAUCUUGCGAGCCAGACGCUCGCCGCAGAAGCUAACGCUGCUGCUUCUGUUCCUUCGUCGCUGUCCGCGCCUUCGUUCCUCCGCGCCGGCGGCUUGAACGUGGCUUUUCCGGACACAAUGUCCUGGCACUGGGCUCAAAAUGACCAGGGUUUGGAGGCCUUUGCAGCGGCGGCAAGAAUCGUCUUGAAACAGCUGGGAGACGAGUGGGGUUUGGUCGCCGCCUCCUUCGUCGUCGCCGAGGGCGGCUGCGCCGACUCGGCGACGAAGUUCCACGUGGACUUCGGGCCCCCGCCGAUCCCGCGCGGCGCCGCCUGCACGGCGCUGCUGCCAGUGCACCCAAGGCAGUUCCCGGAAGACCAGGGCAACUUGGAGAUCCUGCCGUGGGACGCUUCGCCCGGCCAGAGCUGCGUUCACCGCUACUCUCGUGGGAAUGCCAUCGUCUUUGAUGGCAAGCUGGCGCACCGCACGCAACCCUUCGCCACGGACGUCUUCGCCCAGAGAGAUCGUGGCCAGGCGCCGGCUGCUGCAUCUUUGCGGGGACGGCGCAUUCUGGCUUCCAUGAGCUUCGCGCUAUGGCGCGCCCGUGCUGCGACCUGUGAGAAAACUCUGCAGAGCCGAGCCUUCUGGAUAGCCUGUGACAUGGAGCAGCGGAAUGUUGCCGACCCGAAGAACCGCAUCGUCUCCAUGUCUCGGCUGAGGAACUUUGCACAGAUCGAGGACUUCAACCGAAAAGGUGGGAAGAGCGUCAGGGCCUCGGAGCUUGGUUGCAGGAGGGAAGGUAGUGUUUGUGAUGGUGAGCUCGCGGCACUUUUCCCGAAUGUGCUUUGGGGAAACUUGACGUAUGCGCGGGUGCAGAAGAGUAUGGCGGAGUGGGGUGUCAUUUUCCGCGGUCUCCAAAAAGGCGCAUUUUGCGGAAAGCGGCCAAUACGGGUGCAAGUGAGCCAUCGGUAUUCCAGACCUAUGCUCCGGCAUGAUGGCACAGGUGGACUCUGCCUCUCUGAAGCCCUCCUUGUCGCCACCAGAGCCGACGAGGGUGGCCCAGCAAUUCUGGGCGGAUGCACCCUCGAGGACAGCCUUGCUGGCCUAUGCCUCAAGGAAGUCGGCUCGAAGGGCCAAGGCGGUGGCACUGCGCUUCUUGAAGCGGCAGUCCGCCUGAGCCUGUCAAAACGUGGCUGCUACGUCGUCACAGUCCCAUUGGACUUGAAAGCAGCCACGUUUUGGGCGCGUGGUGGCUUCCAGUGCGCGUGCGGCGUGAGUUACCAGCAUCCGUGGAAGGCCAUGGCUUUGGAAGUGGCCACUCAUUUUGCUGGGCUGGUCACCCACCAGUUCAGCACCCUGUGGGAUUUCCCUCGCUUCGGCCUUCCAGCGCCUACGUUUGCCGUCAGCCAGCUCCAGGACUGUCGCUGUGCCUUGCGCGCGCCAGUCGCACGGGAGUACAUGCUAGAAGAACGCGAGGUCAUGUCUGCGGCCGGCAAAUACGAGGUGCCGUCGCAAGCAUACGCCAGCCUCGCACGAAUAUCGAACCUGGAGGUGCUGCAGUCGUUCGCCGAUCGUCGGGCAGAUGAGCUCGCGGAUUAUGGAGUUCGCUCGCCAACCAGGCAAGCAUCGCAGCAUACAUCCGGGCCUCACCUCGCAAUUGAGUAG